CUAUGGCGGCGGCCGCUCGGGCCUGAGCGACACCGCGGCCGGCAUGCUUUGGUGCGCCGACGCGCUCUUCGCCUUCUCCAAGGCCGGCGCCGUCGGCUUCCACUUCCACUGGGGCUUCGGCGGCCGCCCGAUCCACGGCGGCCAGCCCAACACGGGCGUGCAGACCAACUUUUAUGACGACGACCCCGCGCGGCCCUACCCCUCUGUCCACGCGCCGUGGUACGCAUACCUCCUGUUCCGCACCGCCACCGCGGACCGCAGCGGCGGGUUCAGCGAUACCGUCCACGUCAAGACGGCCACCAAGAUGAACGGGUGCAAAGCCAACCUCAAGGUCUGGAGCCUGGUCGCGGACUCUGGAGACCUCCGGGUGGCAGUGCUCAACAAGGACGCGAAGAUUGGCUGCAACGUCGAGAUCACCGUGGACCCCGAGUACUGCGGGCCCGUGGGCAACCUCUCGCGUCUGAUGCCUGGGUGGGGAGGGAUGGACUCCAAGGUCGGCAUUCUGUGGCGCAACAUGUCGUACGAGAGCACCAACAACGGCCUGCCGACCGGCAUCCCGGUUGACUACCCGAUCACCAGCGUCCCCCUGAAGGGCAACAGUGGCAAGUGCAAGUUUACAUUCGCCAUGACAAUUGCCAGCGGUGCGGUGCUCCAGGUCAGAAGCAAGAACCCGCCGCGGAUGCUGUCGGGCGCGCCCCAGCCCGCCGUCAAGGCUACGCCGUCGCCGCCGGUGACGCCGGCGCCGUUGCCAUCGACGCUGCCGCUGCCCCUGCCAGCCGCCGCGGCCCCUGCGGCCAACCUCGCCCGGGCUGCCGCUGCCGGGGUGCUGCCAGCCGUGCCGGUUGUCGCUGCGGCAGCCCCGGGCGCAGCGGUCAACGCCGCGGUGCCGGCCAGGCCCUCGCCGUAA